UGUACUGCUCAUUUACAUGGCUGACUUGUCACCUAUCAAUUGUUUUAAAUAGUUACACAUAUUUUAGGUUAAUUAUAUAUGUGGGAUAUUUAGGUCAAAAACCUGCAGUGAAUUUACAAAAUCCACAAGGAAUGAAUUCACGCUGAGUUAACAGUAGACCAGUGCCUUAAACCGAUUAGCUGUGGAUUAGUCUGUUCGAUUUCUAAUCCACACCAAUGCACUAAGGCUGACUCUAAACAAUGCACUUUUCAGUGUAGUAUCUGCAAACAACUCCAGAGGGAAGUCAUGUGUUGUCUUUAGAGCAUCUUUGCUUUGAGCAAGAUGUCCAACAUAUACACUCUGAGAGAGAUGUUUGGUGGCCAGUGGUCAUCUAGCACACGACUCGAUGGCAAAACAGUUAUUAUAACUGGAGCAAAUACUGGCAUUGGAAAAGAAACCACCAGAGACCUGGCAAAACGCGGGGCCAGGAUAAUAAUGGCUUGCAGAGACCUUGAGAAAGCAGAAGGAGCACAGAAAGAGAUCGUGGAGGACUCAGGGAACCAAAACAUAGUGAUCAGGAAACUAAAUUUAUCUGACACCAGGUCAAUCAGAGAAUUUGCUGAGGUAAUCAACAACGAGGAAAGAGCUCUUCACAUACUCAUUAACAACGCUGGGAUAAUGAUGUGUCCCUACUCUAAAACAGCAGAUGGUUUUGAGAUGCAGUUUGGUGUCAACCACUUAGGUCACUUCCUGUUAACCUUCCUGCUGAUUGAUCUGCUGAAGAGAUCUGCCCCCUCAAGAAUCAUCAUCCUUUCCUCCAUGGCUCAUAGUUGGGGCACAAUAGCUCUUGAUGAUAUCAAUAGCGAGAGGAAUUACCACAGCAGGAGGGCAUAUGGUCAGAGUAAAUUGGCCAAUAUCCUUUUUACUCGUUCCUUGGCCAAAAAACUCACAGACAAAGGUGUUACAGCAUACGCAGUCCAUCCAGGAAUUGUGCGAACAGAACUUAAAAGACAUAUGAAUCUCGGACUUCUAAUCAUGUGGAAGGUUGUCAGACCUUUCACAAAGACCCCAGUGCAGGGAGCACAAACUACAAUCUACUGCGCAGUGGAACCAGAGUUAGACAAAGAGAGUGGAGGUUACUACAGCAACUGCAGACCUUCACAAUGCACCAGAGCUGCAAGGGAUGAUGAAAUGGCUGAGAAACUUUGGGAUCUCAGCUGCAAAAUGUUGGGGAUAGUCUGGGACUGAACACUAAAUAGUCUGUUUUCCAUAAACAAUUAAUUAUAUCCAUUGUUAUUUACUAUUAUUAUUGUUAUUUACAAUUACUUCCAACAUGAACACCCAAGUAAAUUCCAAGGCACAAACUCUUAUCAACAAACAUUUCUUUCUUAGUAUAGGUUGUUUUUAUUUCAAGUCAAACAACAUUUCCAGUCAUUCUUUUUUCCAUUCACAGACCACCAUUUGCAUUAUCAAAUCCAUUUUCAUUAUCAAAUGGUCUAGACUCUGAUAUAAUUACAUUAUACGUCAAGCAUGUAACAAUUAUACACUGGAAUUAAAGUUGAUUUUAGCUUUUAACCUUCCACGGGUAAUCUUUCCUUAAACCCCACAUAGUUUUUUUGAGAACUAAUUUGUCCAGAUUCAAGAGCUUCUUAGAUCAAGCCCUGUCUAUACACAUUCAUUUUUUGAUUCUGUCAAUGUUUGUUCAAUCUCUUUUCAAUGUUUUGUUUAUGAUUUGUCAGAUUUAGUUUGUAAAAUAUAAUCUGUGUUAAAUUUUAAUUAUGUAAAUCAGAUGAGGAGAAUGUGUACAUGUACAUAUAUUACAAAAUAUAUUGAGCUGAUGCAAAUAAGUAUAUAACACCUUAAUUUAUACAAUUAAUCAAGUGAUCCUUUGUAAAGGUGAUGCAAUUUUUAUUUGAUAUGAGCACAAUAAAAAAUAAUCACAUUUAAUGUGAU